CCUCUCAUUUAAGGAAGCUCUCAAAAAAGACCUCACUUUCUGGCUCCUGCAAGCACUGGGAGAGUGAGUGGUUCCUUAAAUUUGCGACCUGACUGCCUAUGGCCAGGCUCUGCCUCCCCUCAGUCGGGGAAGUUCCUCCGCUGCUCUUUUCCACAUUGUACCUUCCACUGAGCGCCAUUUUUUUUUUUUAAUGACUUAGAAGGAAGUAGUAUGCUAUGUUGUCACUUGUAAAUAAUUUUCAACCAGUUUCUUGAAAUUCUCAGAAAACUUGGGACAGCUCCUCUAAUCUUAGAAUGCUGGUGUAACUCGUGUCUCCUUACUCAAUCACGUGGCUGCUGAAGCUUUGCUGGGUGUGAGACAGGAAUACGCUGACCUGCUCCGACGACGUGGACUGAGAUUGACAAGUGUGCCUGCCGCGGAACACCGCCUUUCUUUUCCUGUUCAGAGUGCCGGGAGGUAUUCCACAUCAGAAACAGCCAGUCUUCAACUAGGGCCACCUGCCGGGAUGUCUAAAAGGCUCCCUUCUCAGUUAGAGCAAAAAAUCCCAGAAGAUGCCUGCUGUGAAAAACACCUGGAGCCACCACAGCUGUUCUGCGGUGAUGACCAAAUGAUGCUUUGUGACAAGUACUUCCAGUCCCAGGAGCACAAGAAUCACACGGUGUAUGGAUUACAAGAGACUGCUGAGAAUUACAGGAAGUUAUUCCAGGAGAUAUUGACCACACUGAAGGAGAAACUUGAAGUAGCUAAAAGCAUGUUGGCUGAUGAGCAAGAAAGAAUGGUGAUGAUGCAGGAAGAGGAGCAGAAUUUUAAAGAAAUGAUUGAGUCUGAAUAUAGGAUAAGUUUCCAGUUGAUGAUUGAAGAAAACAUGGUGAACCUCCAGGGCCUGCAAAGGUAUGUAUUCAACCUGAACUUGAGAGAAGCAAAUCAGAACCAACCGAUGCAGUUUGCCACAGAGCUAAGGGAGAAGUUCCAGGAAAUACUACAGAGACUGAACAAUCUGGGGAGAGAGAACAUGAGUAAACUGAAGGAGAGUGAAGUCAGGCUGUCUGAACAUACCUGCAGCCUCCAAAAGAUCAUCGCAGAGUUAGAGAAGAAGUGUGGGCAAUCCACCUCAGCGUUGCUGCAGAAUGCAAGAUACGCUUUGGAAAGGAGUGAGUCACUACUGCUUCAGUGUUUAGAGCCUGCCCAAAUCACAGACCUGAAUUUAUGCCAAAUAACAGGAAUGAGCAAAAUGCUAAAAGUGCUGCAAAGACCCAUCACUUUGGACCAUAGAACAGCUCAUCCCUGUCUGGUCUUAUCCGAGGAUCUGAGAAGCGUAAGACUCAGGAAUGUCCAGCAGGACAUGUCUGGUCACCCAGAGAGAUUUGACUUCAGCGCCGCUGUGUUGGGUGUGGAGAGCUUCACCUCAGGGAGGCACUACUGGGAGGUGGAUGUGGAAAAGGCAACGCAGUGGCAGCUGGGUAUAUACGGAGGCUUUGCCUACAGAAACGAUUCCAGGGAUAAAGUCCUACUCACAGGGACCAUGAUGGGAACCGAUUAUAUCUUCUGGACCUUUCCCCCUUUAAGAAGGGUCUCCUUGAGAGAGCGAGUGCACAGUGUUGGAGUUUUCCUGAACUAUGAGUACGGGCAGGUAUCCUUCUAUGAUGUGACAAAUAGAUCCCUCAUCUAUAAUUUCUCUGGCCUCACUUUCCAAGGAGCUCUCAGGCCUAUAUUUUCUCUUUGUGUCCCAAAUGGACGCAUGAAUUCAGACUCUCUGAGCAUCUGCCUCCCACAUGUUUCCUUUUGUAAUGGGACUGUUAGCCCUCAGUCUUCUUUGGUGUGAAAUCUAAGAUCACAGGAGGCAAAAAUGUUACAAGCAUGUCUAUAUAUUAUUUUACAAAAUAUUCUAAUAAAAUAUUUUUA